AUGACCUCGCAAAAUGCUCCUUUCUUGCCUGGAUCAACUCAUCAGUUAAACUCUGCCAAGUUCUUCCAUUUCCGCACCGGAAAAGACGAAUUUCUGAUUGCUCCGUCGCAAGGCAAAAAACGGAAGUAUACUUAUGUUAACGGCAUUCUUAACUUCAAAGGCUAUAAACCUUAUAGCCUCUGUGUUUUAAUAGAUACCGGUGCAACUACCAGUUGUUGCCACUAUAAUGCUUUGCCAUCCGAAAAAUGGCAGCAAAUGAAGCAUCCCAUUGGGGUUCAAGGCAUUGAUGCCGAAGCACCUUUAAAUGUGAUUCAGUUUAAGGCCAAAGACGUGGCAAUUUGGCUUAAUGAUAAAAAAUUCAUUAUUCCAAAGAUUCUAUGUUUCCCAUAUAUGCAUGGUGAUUUCAUUCUAGGAUGUAACUUUAUUUACAGUUAUCUUCCUUUACAACUUAACGAAAAAACCAUUUCGUUAACCCAGAAAGACCAAACAGUUGUUGAAAUUCCAAUCCAAGAAAACUUAGCUUCUGUUUGUAAUGAAAAAUUUUCUCCACCUAAAAGAGACUCUGACGCCUUAGUGCUACAAGACACUCAUUGGCUCUAUAACUCCCUCAGACAAAACUUCGCUGAAAAUCCACUUACCCUGUGGAAAAGAAGUCCUCGGUUUUGUAGACUACAACUCAAAAAUCGCAAUGUCAUCAUUCGGGUUAAACCCAUGAUCUAUCUGCGCCGUGACAUCGAUGAAUUUGAUGCACAACUUCAAGAUCUCCUUGAGAAAAAACUCAUAGAGCGUACUCGAAGUCCACAUAGUAGCCCUGCCUUUAUGGUAAGAAACCAUAGUGAACUCAAACGAGGAAAAGCCCGCAUGGUAAUCAACUAUAAACGGCUUAAUGAACAUCUCAUCUUUGAUGGAUAUUUUAUCCCACGCAAAGAUGUUCUCCUUAAUCAAACUCGCGGAUCCACUAUCUUCAGUAAGUUUGAUUGUAAAGCCGGUUUUUGGCAGAUCAAACUACGAAAAAAGUCUAAACCACUUACGGCUUUCAGUACUCCUCACGGUCACUACCAAUGGACUGUUAUGCCUUUUGGUCUGAACACAGCACCUCAGAUCUAUCAGCGCUGGAUGGACUCUAUCUUUAAUGAUCUUAAAGAUUUUGUGGUAGUUUAUAUAGAUGAUAUUUUAGUUUUCUCUAAAACCAGAGAUGAGCAUAAAAAACAUCUGCUCUAUCUUUCCGAAAAACUAAAAAAGAGUGUCGGCAACUUUCACUGUUGA